AUGAAUUAUCAAAUCUUAAGCAAUCCAUCUCAACCGCCGAUGAGUCGCCCGUUUGUUUUCAAUAAACGAAACGAAAAAAUCGACUGGCGUCGAAUCGCGGCCGUCGAUGUCGAUCGGGUGGCGAGAGAAUUAGAUUUUCAAGUGUUGCAAGAUAAUAUUGAACAAAUUACACUAUGUAAUAUCGAUUUAGAAGUGGAUUCACGAGCGAUGGAUCCGAAUUUUCUAAAGCUAUACAAGAUGGCACAGUUAACAAUUGAAUAUCUAUUGCUUUGCCAAGAUCAAAUUAGCAGUCAACUAGCGGAGAACGAACAGAAUAAAAGCAAAGGUUUAGUGGAUCAUGAGCAAUAUAAUCACGAAAUUCAGAAACUAAAAGAUGAUUUGAAUCGAACAAAAAAAGAAUCGAAACGACGCAAAAAGCUGCUUGAAACGCAAGAGAAAAUGUUACUGGCCCAACGACCGUCGUAUCACACGUGUCCUGUUUGUGCACAUUCAUUUUUAACUUUUGAUUAUUUACAAGCACAUAUGCAGCGUCGUCAUCCGGAAUACGAUUCUGGUCGAAAACGUGAACAUGACGUUGAUAGUGAGAAGGAAAUGCAACGAUUGAAAGAUGAACUGCAUAGUAAAGAAACCGAAUUACAGUUGAUUAAAGUGCAAAAGACUGCCGAUGAAGAGCGUAUUCGCGAACGAGAGGAAACUAUUCGUCUACUCAGAGAAGAAAUUCAAAAAUUAAGUGAUAAAAAUACGAUUUUAGAAGAGAAGUGUUUCACUCUUCGAUCGAAUGUUCAAACUGAAGUACCUUCGCCAGCACGACGUGAAGCCGGUGUCAAGGAGUUAUUAAAAGAAAAUAAGACGUUACGUGCUACAAAUGAAGACCUAAAACAAGCAUUGCAACAAGCCGAAGCUCAUUUGAAGAGAGAAGAGAAGUCGAAACGUCGUGUUGAACGUGAAAAUCAAGAUCUUGAAAAGGAAAUCAAUCGAUUGAAUGACGCUCUUCAGUCUCUACAAAACGUGUCUGGUGACACAAGUCGGCUAUCUGAAGAGUUACUUGCAACACGAAAUCGAUACAAUGAGGAGAGAAAUCGCCGUAAGAAAUUGCAAGAGGAUCUUGAUAAUGCCAAUGAUCAGAUAAAUGAACUUCGGAAUCAACCACCACCAGUUGUCGAUCGCAAAUCUCCUGUACCACCACUGCGACGAACAUUUUCCCCGUCUCCUCCACCUACACCUGUGCCAGCACCUACGCAAACACGGCCGGCGCCCACUGUACAAAUUCAUCUUCCGCAAUACUGUCCAAGUGUUGUACGAAAAAUUAAUACCGAUCCAAAUUUCCUCAAUCGUUUUCGCAGUGAAACAAAAACACAAUUACGCGAUGAACUUAGUCAGUAUGACAACUUGGGUGUUACGGAGAAAGAUACUCGAAUUCCGACAAAAGACUUUCCAAGUAAAAUGGAUAUUAUUCAGCAAACUCGACAAAAUAUUCAAAAUGAUUUACCAAAUUUUGAACGUAUACGUGCCGAUAUUAGUCGUACAUUGGACCAGCUCGCCGCUGAACGAUUGAGUAGUCAAACUGCGAAAGGCUCGGGCGGUGUCCGUUCAUCAGGCGGUAAACUAGUGACAUUCGAUGUCGACGCUAAACAUCAAGAACCGAAGUCGUCCAGAGGGCCAUCUACAACUGUCCACUCGAAUGGUGCACGUAACCCACCUCGUCCAAAAACCAGUUUCGCUUCGGAUGAUGAAAAAAGCCAUACGAACACAGAUGAUAGUGAUGGUUAUAGUCAACCAACUAAGUCAGGUGGUACGAUUGACAUUCAGCCAUCACCUCGGCGAAAUCCACCGUCAACUGGUGUUAGUUCAUUAGCAGCAGGAAGCUUGAGACCAGCGAUAACUAACACGAAUGGAACAAUCUCGGCGAUGGUUAGACCGCAAACAGCAACUCAGCGUUAUGAAUCUGAAAGUGAGAGCGAAAGUCUUACGACGGAAAAUGUGGCAACGAAAACGCGAAUUAUCGAUCAGAAAUUAGCUGAUAUUAAUUCCAAAGGACACAAACCAACAGUUAAUGCUGUUGCACAAGGCUUUCAACCGACUCGUGUCACAGUUAAUUCUCGAGAUAACAAACGUGAUGAUGACGACGAUGAGGACAGUGAAUCAUCAUUGACUUCAAUUGGUGACACAAAUCCUCAACGAAAACCAUCUAAUAUUCAUCAGCCACACGCUGGAGCCCGAGAAGCAGCAAAUCAUCAUUAUCAUUUAUCAUCCGGAGAUAUGUCUCAAAACACAUACGACUCAAUUAUGAAAUCAUCAGCUCUCAAAGGUAACGAACUUCGACGACCCAUGACUGCUGAUUCAGCGAAAACUUCGAAUGUUGACUCAGACGAUAAUCUGGAAGAUGCAGAGGAAGAAGAUGAAGAAGAAAAUUCUCGCUAA